AUAAUAGAAUCCAUUGAUGCUGAUUUCUUUGAGACACGAUUUCCAUUUAAAAUGAGAAAUAGUGGGGGUAAUGUACUACCCGCUAUUAGAGAUAACGGAACUAGUGGGGGUGUUGGAUCUGAGGAUGAACUCAAAAGAAGUAAAAGAGCUAGAAUAUCCAAAGAUUUUGGUGAUGACUUUACUAUAGUAUACACCCUCGAAGAUCCAAAAAGUUUGCAGGAAGCAUUAACUUCCAUAGAUGCAGAUUUUUGAAAUUAGGCCGUUAUAGAUGAAAUGAAAUCGUUAGAAGCUAAUAAGACUUGGCUUUUAACAGACCUACCUCCUGGUUGCAAAGUCUUAGGUAAUAAAUGGGUUCUAAAAACGAUACGGAAACCUGAUGGUGCAAUCGAAAGGUUCCAAGCUCGCCUAGUAGUUAAGGGCUACAGGCAGAGAGAGAAUAUAGAUUUCUUCAAUACCUAUUCACCAGUAUCUAGAAUAACAUCCAUUCGUGUCAUGAUUGCUCUUGUUGCCUUGAACAAUCUCGUGGUACACCAAAUUGAUGUUAAGACUGCUUUUUUGAACGGUGAUCUGGAUGAAGAAAUCUAUGUGGAACAACCAGAAGGGUUUGUUAUCCCCGGACAUGCCUCAAAAGUCUGUAAAUUAGACAAAUCAUUAUAUGGUUUAAAACAGGCUCCAAAACAGUGGCAUGAGAAGUUUGACACUCUCGUUCUCUCACAUGGCUUUAAGGUGAAUGAAAGUGACAAGUGUAUUUACUGCAAGUCAGAGAAUAACACUUGUACUAUCAUAUGUUUGUAUGUAGAUGUCAUGUUAAUAUUUGGUACAAAUAUUCACGUGGUCAAUGAAGCAAAAUCCAUUUUGAAAGAGAGCUUUGAGGUGAAACAUCUGGGAGAAGCAAAGUUUAUGCUUGGAAUCCAGAUAACUAGAACAACAAAUGGUUAUUAUCUAGAUCAAUCUAGCUACAUAGAGAAGGUCUUGAAGAAAUAUAACUAUUUCGAAUGUAAACCUGUGUGUACUCCGUAUGAUGCUAGUGUAAAGCUAUUUAAGAACACUGGAGACAGUGUAAGACAAUCAGAAUAUGCUAUCAUCAUUGCCAGUCUCCAUUAUGCUGCGGAUUACACUCGACCAGACAUUGCAUAUGUCGUGGGAUUGUUUGGCAGAUUUAACAGUUGUCCUAGUAGAGAGCAUUGGAAUGCUAUAGAGAGGGUCAUGAGAUACCUCAAGAGAACAGCAAACAUUGGUAUUCACUCAAAGGUUUCCUGCUUACUAGAAGGGUAUAGUGAUGCGGAUUGGAAUACCCUAUCAGAUGACUCCAAGGCAACCAGCGGGUAUGUUUUUAACAUCGCUGGUGGAGCUGUGUCUUGGAAGUCAAAGAAACAAAUAAUCCUAGCUCAAUCAACUAUGGAAUCAGAGAUGAUAGCACUAGCAACGGCUAGUGGGAUUGUUGAUCCAUUUUGAUAGUACUGCAGCUAUCGCUAAAGUUGAGAAGCGGUUCUAUAACAAAAAGAAAGGACAGAUUCGUCGUAAGCACAGUACUAUAAGAGAACUCCUAACGAUAGGAGCAGUGAGGGUGGAUCAUAUAAGAUCCGAACAGAAUCUAGUUGAUCCUUUGACGAAAGGAUUAACUAGAGAGAAAGUCCUGAAUACCGCCAAGGGUAUGGGACAUAUGCCUACCGAACCACGGACUACAAGUGAUGGUAACCCGCCCAAUAGACUGGAGAUCCCAAGAAAUGGGUUCAAUGGGUAAUAACAAGUCAUGAGUAGUGUGCGAAAAGUUCAUGCAUAGUGAAGCAUGAAUCCCAAAGCAAUGGAGGUUGAGUUAAUAACUCUUAAUGAUAUCUAUACCCUAUGUGGGGUGGAGUACUUUACUUUGGGGGUACUCCUGAUAAACUCACCUAUGUGAAUGUGGGAGUGGGGUCGCUCCCUAUGGAACUUUGGAGGCACAAAGUUGCUAGAGCGUUCACUAAACCAGGAUAACAUGCAUGGCCAUAAACGCACGGGCUAAGAAGAUAACACAACACAAUGAAAAGAUCUGGCGUGCUAUACAGUCUGAGAUAGGGUUCAAGACUACGAGUCACCCUUAUGAAAUCGGAAGUGUAACCACUACGCUAAGGAUCAAAUUUUCGCGAUACCUUGCUUAUGCCUGAUUUUAUGGAACUGUUGAUGCUCGAGAUAGUUUCAAAACUAUUCAAGUGGGGGAUUGUUGGAAAUGAAUGAAUAGCUUUAAAAGCUAUAGAGUCUCAAAUGGAAAAUUACCACAUUUGUAGUUUUACUUGGUGAAAUGUGUAUAAAGAUAGGAGCCUCUCUCCUAAGGGGAUGCCCCUUGGGGUGACCCACUUUUGUGGGAGAGGGAGGAACUAACGGACCACCACACACACGCGCGCGCCGUCUGUUCGUCCGACCGAUCUGUCGGUUGGUGGUUGGUUGGUUCACUUGAGACUAUAUAUUUUUUGGAAAAAUUCCGAACGAAAUUAAUUAUUAAUCGGUUAUUCUAAGAAAUAAUCUAAGGAUAAUCGAUUAAAAGGAAUAUUCGAAGGAUAAUCCCGCAGGAAUUAUCUUACAGAAGGGUUUUAAUUAAGGAAGUAAUUAUCUUCCUUAACUAAGUCGACUUAUUCCCCAAGUUAGAGGGUAUAUCCUAGGGGUUUGGCUCCUAUAAAUAGCCGCCUCCCCAGCCCCUCUAAACACACCACAACGAGCAUAAACACAAUAGAGAGAGUGUUCAGAGAGCUCUAGUUUUCGCACAAAACCGCUGAGCAUUCGAGGAGUUGUUUUAUCCUAGAGACGACCAGUUGAUAGUCUGUCGUGCGCAUCGAGGGCAGUGCCGCGAACGUCUUAAAGAGAGCGACCUAGUCUGCGACUCAGCUCCAGAUUCGGUAACCUCGUCCCCGUUUGUUGUUCCGUUCCUAACAGAACCUGGUGGAAAGCUUGAUUAAGAAUAGGUUACGAAACACACAAGAACAAGAAAGGAGGAUAUAAAAUAGAGUGGAAUGUAUGUGGAAAUGACAGUUGAUUAUAUGACUGAAUUAGGAACAUAGCAGCAGGAUUUUCAUGUGUUUAUGCAGCAUAGGAAGGAGCUGUUAUUUUAGGGAAAAACUUCAGUUAUAUUUGUAUUAGACAGAAUAAGAAGUUAGUAGUAGCAAUUUUGUUCUGAGAUAGAUAUAGAGCUCUAAAGCUUGCACAUGAUACUUGCUUACCUACUGUAACUUUGGACUAUGUUUGGUCUUUUAAAUAAUAAUAUGAUAUCAAUUUUAUAAAAAAAAAUGUAAUGAAUUAGAUGAAUUAAU